AUGACUCGAUUGUGGACUCCGCAACUCAGACGAGAAUUCCACAAAGCAGUGGAAACACUUUAUGAAACCUCGAACAACCCAUCAGAAGAGAUAAAUUACCGGAAUUCGCUGCGAGAUGCCCCUCCCUCGCGCCAUACCCUUCAAUUGCGGGAUGAACUUCAGCUCGCCGAUCAUGUCGCAUAUCUGGCUCACACACAAGAGGGAGCAUACACGAUCUCUGCUGCAUGUGUGGAGGAAAAUGAAAAUGGGCUAAUUAUCCGUCUCGCAAGCAAUAGAACCCAAGGUGAUGAGCUGCAGGAUCUGCUGUUUGAAGACGUUGUGGGCCUGAGCAAAGAACGCAUUCUGCAGCGAGUUCGACCUCCCUGGAUGCCGACUCCUCCAUACUUCCGUGGUGCCGAGAAGCCUCUGUGGGAACGCAUAGAUCAGAUUCUGAAGUCUUUUGGGUACUCUACGACUUAUGGCGACGUAAUCUCACGUCUCGAAGCCUUUGUUUCAAAAGCGCGUGCUUUGAAGAACAAACCAGAUGAGGCUCAGCUUCGUGUUGCGAUCAGCAGCAUUGUACGGAGCUGUGCUGAGGUAUCCUACAGCGGGGACUACAAGUCUUUAGAGGAACAGCUAAAGACUAUACCGCACAAUCUCGUGACGAAGGACUACAUGCAAAUUGAUAAGCUGGCUCGGUAUUUUGGUCUCUGCAGGGACCUUGGAAAGCUCGCGCAAAGACUAAGUUUUCGUGGCACCACCAAGGCUAUUACGCUGGAGCGUCUGAUAGCCUUCGAGGCAGAGAAACCUGCGGGCGCCUUGAAACCCUGCUAUGUCCACGCCGAGACUGCUCUUGACUCACAAACAGAGGAAGUGGCCGCUACGGGAUUCGCUACAAUGCACCCUGCUGCCACCGUAUCGUGCUUGAAUCUGCCAGCGGCGCUGGAUCUGCAGAAAAGGGAUCUGCCACACCACCAGAAGCUCGACUCAAAAGCGGAAACAUGUUUAGAUCUUGAUCGGCUGAUCGUGAUGUUCGACUGCUCUUCCAUCUCGACUGGAUCCCUUUCAAUUCAACAAAUUGAAACUAAUAAACCGAGCAAUAACGAGAAUGGAGUCAAAAACAUUCGAGUCAAUGAGAUCCCUGAUACUGAAAUGUGCAUUGGAUCAGUGAGGUCGUCAAAGCUGAAGUUCCGAUUGCAAACUCAAGGCAAUGAGGCUCUGGAGAUCGAGAUAGUCUCGAAUUAG